AUGAAUUCUCAGAUGUUGAAUGAUAAUAAAGUAUCAUUGGACAAUAACGAUGAUGAUGACUUUCCAGUGCUGAAUAAAGAUAAGGUCUCACUAGGCAAUGGCUAUGAUAAUUACUUCCCAAUGUUGAAUGAAGAUAAGGCCUCAAUUGGCAAUGAAGAUGAUGAUGACUUCCCGAUGUUGAAUAAAGAUAAGGCCUCAUUGGCCUCACUGGGAAAUGACAGUGAUAAUAAACUCCAAGUGUUGAAUGAAGAUAAAAUAUCACUAGAAAAUGAUGAUGAUGAAGACUUCCCGGUGCUGAAUAAGGAUAAGGCCUCACUAAGCGAUGACAACGAUGAUGAGUUCUCAAUGUUGAAUGAAGUUAAGGCCUCACUGGGAAAUGAAAAUGAUGAUGAAUUCUCGAUCUUGAAUAAAAAUAAGGCCUCAUUCAGAAAUUACUAUGAUGAUGAAUUCCCGGUGCUGACUGAAAAUAAACCCUCACUAGGUGAUGACGAAGAUGAUGACUUUUCGUUAUGGAAUGAAAAUAAGGCAUCACUAGGCAAUGACGAUGAUGAUGACUUUCGAUAUUGA